AUGGCGGAAACGAUAGAUAAUCCAGAUGUUCCCUCGAACAAGAAGGCUUUCAUUCCCUUAGAAAACAAUCCCGAAGUAAUGUCCUCUCUCCUCCACAAACUCGGUCUCUCCACCACUCUUUCUUUCCACGACGUAUUUUCCAUCGAAGAUCCCUCUCUCCUCUCCUUUAUCCCUCGUCCCGCACUCGCUCUCUUACUCGUUUUCCCCGUCUCAAAAAGUUACGAGGCAUUCCGCUAUUCAGAGGAUAAAGAACGCGAAGAUUAUAAAGGAAGGGGAGAAAAUGAACCAGUUAUUUGGUAUAAGCAGACUAUCAGGAAUGCGUGUGGAUUGAUUGGCCUUUUGCAUGCUGUAAGCAAUGGUGCUGCGAGGGGUUUUGUUGAACAAGACUCUCCUCUCGACAAACUAAUUAAAGAUGCCAUUCCUCUCGCCGCAAUCGAUCGCGCAGAUCUCCUCUACAAUUCCCAAGCUCUCGAAUCCGCUCAUCAAAACGCUGCAACACAAGGACAAUCCUCUACACCCAAUGCCGAAGACGACAUCGACUUACACUACGUAUGUUUUGUCAAGGAUGAGAAGAAUAAUCUCUGGGAAAUGGAUGGAAGGAGAAGGGGCCCACUUGAGUUGGGAUCGUUGGGAGAAGAUGAAGAUGUUUUGAGUGAAAAGGCGUUGGAUUGGGGUGUAAGGAAGUUUUUGAAGAGAGAAGAGGAAAAUGGUGCAGAAUUGAGGUUUAGCUUGAUUGCGUUGGCACCAAGUCUUGACUAA